GAUUGGUUAAUUGUUUCUUUAGGUGAAGAUGCUAUGACUCGUAGCUUGAUAUGUAUGUCUUCCCGUGGUCGCAGAAAGACAGAUUUGACUCCAUCUGUUCCCUCCUCGUGGGAUCGUACUUCUAGAACACAAUCUCCAGGUAUACAAACCACAAGAGCUGUUAGCACAUCUCGUCUGGAUUUACUGGCACAACCUCGCCGUCGCUAUGCAGGAUCCGUGCAGCCAGGGACAGGGCAGGUCCAAGCAGCAAGUAUGAGCAAAAGCAUGUUAAAUUUAGCUAACUCUGUACCUUUUUCUAGACAGAGUAAGAAACCCCAGUAUCCUCCCAGGGCAAGGGAAAAGUCUCGUAGCAUGGUACACCUUGCUGGCCCUGCUAUUACCCCUCACAAUACCAAAUCCUCCACCACCAUUUUUUCUGUUUCCCGCCCACAAGCCCCUUCCACUAGUGACCCUCAUGGUCCUAAGUCUUAUUUAUCACAGAGUUUGCUGCACUUAGCUGUUAACCCUCGCCCUACCCGAACCUCCCGUCUUAGAAAAGAUGUUCUCUCUGCCUCUAGCAGGAGCAGUCAUCCUUCUUCUGUGGCCAUGCCCAAGAGCACAGAAGCAGUAAACCUUCGCCGCUCAUCUUUUGAAGUUCUGAACCUUCUUAAAGUUGAUCAUUUUGUGAAGCUUGCCGCUACAGGUAUCCUUGCUUUAUGUGCAAGUGCACAAGCGUCUAGGGUAUCACGGGCUAAGCCCACCAGCCCAGAGGUUUCUAAAGAAGUUGUGGCUAAACCACCUACUACCCGUAAACCAGCAGUAAAGCAACGACCUGCAGCUCAAAAUCAGAAACCAAAGGUAUUUACUGUGGCUGAACCUCCAGCUCCGAGUGGUGUACCAGCCGAAAGUGUCACCAUUGUGACUGAACCUCCAGCUCCAAGUGAUGUACCAUCUGAAAGUACCGAAAUUCUGUCUGCAAAAACCAUUCCUCUUAGUGAUUCUAAUAUUUCAGAUGAACAUCUUAAUAAAUCAGAAACCACAAAAGAAACUCCAUCCGAACCUGCUUUGAAACCUGAAAUUUCAACCAAAACUGAUCUUAAACCUGAGAUCUCAUCAAAAUCUGAUCUUAAACCUGAGAUCUCAUCAAAAUCUGAUCUUAAAGUUGAGAUGUUAAUGGAUGCUGAUCUUAAACCUGAGAUCCCAAUUGAAGUUCCUCAUACACCUGACAUCCCAGUGGAAACAGUUCCAAAACCUGAAAUUCAAACCCAGAUACCUCUUAAUGAGGUAGAAUCAGGUCAGAAAAUUGAAUCUUCAAAAGAUGAGUCACUUGUCAAGUCUUCUUUGAAGAGUGAGACUCCAUUAAAACCUUCACCUUGUGUGGCUCCUACUCCAACAGGUACACCCACUGGGAAGCCCAGGAUCACUUCAGAAGAAGAAGCUAAAGCAGCUCUGGCAGAAAAACGCAGGCUAGCUCGAGAGCAAGCAGAAAGGGAAGCUGAGUUGGAAAGACAGAGGCAGGAGGAGUUGAGGCGUAAAGAAGAAGAGAGACUUAGAUUAGAGGAAGAAGAGCAGAGGCGACAGGAGGAAGAACAGAUCAGGUUGGCUGAAGAACAUCGUCGUCAAGAAGAAGAAAAGCUACAGCGAGCUAUUGAAGAGCAGAAGAAACGUGAAGAAGAAGAACAGAGGAGAAUCGAAGAGGAAUCUCGUGUGAAAGCAGAAAAAGAAGAACAAGAACGAAAAGCCCGAGAAGAAGCGGAGAAACAGCGUAAAGAACUUGAAGAAAAGCUGAAGAAAGAAGAAGCUGAACGUGCUGAAAGAAAAAAACGUGUAGAACAAAUAAUGAGUAGAACAAGGGCUAGGGGAACAGCCCAGUUAACUGGAAAGCCAGAUGUGGCAGAAUCCAGCAAGACUCCUUCCCCUGAGAAUGAACAAAGACAAAGUCUAGAUGAAAGGAAGUCUCCAGAGCCCUCUGAUGGCAGAGAUAUGAAACAAAAUACUUUAUGUUUUAGCAAUACUGAAGAGAAAGCUGAAAUAGAAAAAUAUGACAAGGAUCCAGUUACUGUUGUUUCAGCUCUUAGUGAAACUAAAAACCUGCUUGUAGACACAUCUAACAAUAGAAAUGUGGACUUACUAGCUAACGUAGACAGCGAUAUUGUUACAAACAAUGAUAAGGCUGACUUGAUUUUUCCUGUUAUUGAUCAACAAUGGAAUAAGGAGCUGUCACUUAAAAGUGUUAGCAAUAAUUCACAUACCAAUGGUUUCCAUACCAACAGUCAAAAUGACAGCCUCAUCAAUGGUACAGGGUAAGUCGUGGAAUGUGAAACUCUUCAGAUA